ACUUCCCAGUCAAACGUGGCGGCCACGAACAGACAGGGAAGGUAGGAGUGGCCGUCUGUCGAUCUGUCAAGUUGCUCAUUUUAUUUUUCAGCUUAAUAAUAAAUACUAUUUGUUUAUUAAAUUAAUAUUAUUAUUAUAAACAGUUUAUUAGUGAAUAUAUUGUGUUAUUAAUUAAAAAAUAUAUUAUUUUUUGUUUUUAAUAAUGUCGUCCUCUGGGGAUUUUGGUAAUCCAUUGAGAAAAUUUAAGCUUGUCUUUCUUGGUGAACAAAGUGUUGGUAAAACAUCACUUAUUACUCGUUUCAUGUAUGACAGCUUUGACAACACGUAUCAGGCAACAAUAGGAAUCGAUUUUCUAAGCAAAACUAUGUAUCUUGAGGACAGAACUGUUAGAUUACAGCUUUGGGAUACAGCUGGACAAGAAAGAUUUAGAAGUUUAAUUCCCAGCUACAUUAGAGAUUCGACUGUUGCUGUUGUCGUUUAUGAUAUAACCAAUGCAAAUUCAUUUCAUCAAACAUCCAAGUGGAUUGAUGAUGUACGAACGGAAAGAGGCAGUGAUGUUAUUAUCAUGUUAGUUGGCAACAAAACAGAUUUAAGUGAUAAGCGACAAGUGUCAACUGAAGAUGGUGAACGCAAAGCUAAGGAACUUAAUGUUAUGUUUAUUGAAACAAGUGCUAAAGCUGGUUACAAUGUGAAGCAGCUCUUCAGAAGGGUUGCUGCUGCUCUUCCAGGCAUGGACUCAACAGAAAAUAAGCCACCAGAAGACACUGUCGACUUGCAGAAUCAAUCACCAAUGCAGAAUGGCUCUACUGAAGGUGAAGGUGGUUGCAUUUGCUAGGAUGAAUAAUAAUAAUGCAGGUCAAUAAUUAUUUGUUGACAAAACGAACCAGUUAACUCUACAAAAUUCAUGAUUAACAUGAUUAUUAAAUAUAAUCAUGUUUUUUAUUUAAUUAAUUUGUCUUAAUUUAAUUAAACAAAAGAAAAAAAAAAAGUUAACUUUAAAAACUUACAGUGCAAUUUAAAUCUGAAAUGAAAAAUAUAAAUUUAAAAAAAAACUAAUAAAUAGUAGGAAAAAUUGAAUAUCGUUUAAGUGUGCUUGUGCGGUUUUUUAGCAAAAAAAAAAACAAACAAACUAAAAAUAAUAAUAAAAAAAAUGUGCAAUUUUGCUUGUUAAAAAAAAUUUAUUGUAAAAGUUGUCUGAUACAUUUGUCUUCGAAACGAUUAAGUAAUUUAUAAUGGUUUUAUUAUUAAUUUUAAAAAUUUUAAAACUAACAACAGUAAGAAUAAUUUUUUGUAUUUUAUUUUUUAAUUUAUAUUAUUAACGAUAUUGUUUUGUUUAAAUUUAUUACUACCGAUUUUUACUUUUUAUUUAUUUCGUUUAUAUUUUUUCCACGAUUUACAACGGUUUUGUUUUUUUGUGUAAAAAUAAAAAUAAGAUAUGAAAUUUAUCGUUACAAAUGUAUCACAAUUGUUGGGCACUUUUUUUUUUUUUUUUGUUUGCCUAAGAGACGCAUAAAGAUGCACGCUGAUAAAUUGUCACAAUAUUUGCGCAAUGUCAAGAGAUAAAAAUAUAAAAUAAAAAUGACAAAAAUAGUCACACACUUUUUGAGUGAAAUCAAUUAAAAAUUUUGUUACAAUAUUAAUCUAAG